AUCCCGCGGAUCGUCAUAUCCGGAAAACAGUACAGUUAUAAAGUCCAGUGUUUUUCGUUUCAGAGAAAUGUUGAUAAACUCAUUAAAUGCUCAAAAGCCCAAAUGAAGGACAAGAUGAGUGUCUCGUUGUCUCAGAUCAUCUGGAGAGUUUGUAAUUUAUUCAUGUCAGUGUUUUUCUCGCUGGCAACUUACGUGCAGAUAAAUGAUCCGGAUGCUGCUUUGUGGAUGGUUGGUUAUGCUAUUCCAGCUGGAUUGUGUUUUUUGCUUUGCUGUCAACCACAAAUAACAGAGUCAUUAUUAUGGAGGAGAAUGGCUGAUCUGCAUGUGCUUGUAGCUUCAACGUUUGGAGUCAUUCUGGGCUGGAAACUCUAUAAAGAGGGAAUUACAGACAUUUUCCAACAAGAGGAAGGAAGGGAAUGUUGUGGACUCAUGUUGAUGGUUUUCUGGCUGCUGUUGUGUCGACAUUCAGGAAGGAGUUCUGUGGGCUCUGUCAGGGUCUGCACUGCUGUGGGAAUCACAGUGUUUCCCUUCAUCACAUGGAUCUAUUACUACAUGAACACAGAGCUGAGGAAGUACUGGCCUGAACACUGUACAACUGCUCUCUGAUCAGAUAAAACACUCAAGACGCUCUAGAUCAGCACAACAUACAGAUCAACUGAGCUUUACUAAAGUGCACUGAUAAUAUGAGACAAUCAGCAGCCAUCGAUUUUGAAAAAAAAAAUUUAAUAAUUCAAUUGUAAACACCACACACUCUAGUGCUAUACAAACUUGAUGAUAAUGCUAUUUGUCUUUGUGCUCUCAAUCUCCUGAAUUUAUCUGAAAAUAAAUAACAGUAGGCCUAUAUGUGUCAUAAUGCCUUUAUGUAAAAAAGAAAAAGUCAUAUCUGCCAUCUGAAGGUUUAAAUUCAGUCUCAGUGUUUCUGAUGGGUCUAUGUCUCUGAUUUAUUUAUACUGUUGAGCUUGGCUUACAGCUAAAAUUAGUUUUUAAAUAUCAAAUCAACAUGACAUAUUUACAAAAUAAAAAUAUUUUAACACAAUACAACAUGCCCAUUUUCAAAAACAGUGCAAAACUUUUACAUUAACAAUAAUAGCUAAAUAACGUCAUUACACCAAACUCGGCUUGAUCAAUACUUAUGAGAUUUUGAUCAAACAGUCAGUGUCAUUUUUUUUUUAUUUGUAGGUAGGCCAACUCGUUUUGUACAAUUUUGGAUGCAGACCUUGUUUCAGUUGUUCUCAAAGUAUGAGUGCCAUUAGACUAGUACGCAGAUGAAUCACUAAAUUAAAUAUAAAUUAAUGUUAAAACACAGUACAUUUGAAUUUAAUCUUAAUUUAAGUUUUUUUUAUUUUAUUUACCUGUAUGUAAGCACAGUGCAGUGUUAAUGUUAAGACUGUGUAUUUACAAUGUUAAAGUGGCUGACAACAAUAAAUAUAUUCUCCCACAUAAAAGGCUGGUCUACAGGGGACAGCUUUGGCAUUCUGCAGGCAAUUUCUUCUUCUUCAAAGUGAAUCGCAUUUUUGAGGGCCUAAACAUGCUCCAAAACUCAUGAAACUUUGCACACGCGUCAGAACUGGCGAAAAUGUACAUCUGAUAUAGGUUUCAGAAGUGGGUGUGGCAAAAUGGCUCGAUAGCGCCACCUAUAAAAUUUCAAAAGAGUGCGCCUCGAGCUACGUUUUAUGUACAUGCAUGAAAAUCGAUACACACGUGUAACACACCAUUACCUACAAAAAAGCCUCUUGGUACAAAAUCCAAAACCCAACAGGAAGUACGUUAUUUUGAAUUUCCUGUUCAAUUUUUGUGCAGUUUUAGCAAUUUCCAGGCUUCGUACUUUGACGAACUCCUCCUACAGUUUUAAUCGGAUCGUCUUCAAAUUUGCUGAGUGUAAUCAUAAGGCCUUUGCGAUGUUAAAUUGCGAAGAUCUAGAGUUUUCGUCAAGGGGCGUGUCCCUGGCGGCCUGACAAAGUUUGAUGUUUCGCCAUGAAACAGGAAGUUGCUGUAACUCAGGCAAGCAAUGUCCGAUCUGCCCCAAACUUCACACGUUUCAUAGGA